AUGUUUGAAACAAGUCAAGCAUUCCAAACGGAAUUAAUCGUUUUCUCUUCCAGUUAUGAAAAGCAAUUGCUAAAACACGUUGAAUGGUUAUUGCAAGAGUUGACUUCUUGGAAAUCGAGGAAAGAAAUUAACAAUUUGUCUUCACCUUCUGUUAAAAGGAAAAAAGAACUCGAUGAUGAACCUUCGUACGACGAAAAUCCAGCAAGGAAAAUUCAGAGAUUGAUUAGCCCGCAGACAGUCCAGAUUAAAGCGACAAAUUCUGAGAUUGAACAGAGAAUUAAUGCGUUUAUUCAACUCAAGAAAUCGGAAAUAAACGAUAGCAAUCGAGCAGAGUUUUUGAGAAAAUCAAGUAGUGAUGAUGUUUCGUCAUGUGCCCGAUCGGACGCAGCCGAGAUUAACCGUAAUAUUCAAAUGAAGUUUGAUGUAGUAAAUAACAAUGAUGGCCCUUUGGCUCGCUCCACAUUUUCUUCAAAGAAUCAGAUUAAUGAUGGAAAAAAAAGACCUUUGACCGAAUUACCUUCCGGCGUCGAAGAAAGAUUGCAAAAUAUAGAGAAACAUUUAGGCGUAAAUAUAGUUGCUCCCAUACCUUUGGAUGUUUAUGCAAGAAUAAAAAUCUUGGAGGCUAAAAUCAUACAAAUUGAGCAAGAUCAUCCACAGUGGGCAGCUGUAAACUUUAAUCAGCCCAACCGUCAGGUGAUAUCAAAUCAUCAAAAAAAUUGUGAAUUGGCAUAUAAGUUUGUCAAAUUUCGAGCCAACAACAUUAACAUUCUCAAACUCCAGUUUCCUCCGCCUCCACAUGUGACGACGAUUCCUCGGAAUUCAAAUAGUGAGUUAGCGAACAGCGUGGCUCCGGAAAAUCUCGCUCUCACAUCGACGAUCAAUAUCCCUCCGAUUCCUAACCCCGCGGUUGACGGAAAGCAAAUUUCCUCCCAACAAAAUCUUAAAUUUUCGCGCGCACCACGUCCAAUCAAGCCGAAGGGUCGUGGACACGGUGACUUCUCGUUAACACGGUCGAUAAUGGAGCAGCUGAAGAUGCGUCGUGAAAGCGACAAUAAAUUAGUAUCAGCGACAGUUACAAAUGUGUCGACAGAGCUGUCUCAACAGGAAAACCAGCAAAAUCCAGUACACUCAGUUUCAAACGUGCAGCCGCCGAUUCAAACCAAAGUGAAGGGUAUACAAUCAAGCGAUGUAUUAAAAUCUCAUCGGGACGUUACUCUCGUAGAGACGGUAGAUCAAAACGCGAAUGAUCAAUUUAUUUCUUCGGACGGUGAUAAUAAUGAACCAUUCAAAGAAAUUAAUGCAAGGGACGUAGACGUCGUCACACCAAACGUGAUAUCAACCAAAUGA